CUCAAGCGUACCCGGUACCUUUUGGGCCUGAACUUGAGCAUGUGCGAUACAGUUCCGCGCACCGUUAUCGUUGACGCCUCGACGGGCCGCCUGAACUUGAAGCGGCCGCCCAGAAGUGUCUCAGGAGGAAGACCAGAUUGGCAAUGAUCGGUUUCGGCCUCUUCUCCUCCGAGCUGCCUCGAAGGUUGUGAGCAAGGGCGCCGUCCUGCUUCGCAACCUUGACAGAAGGGCGCCGUUUGGACAAGAAGCAGCAAACAUGUCGGAUGAUGAGCAUACGUUCGAUGGAGCUGGAGAUGCGGGGGCGUCGUUGACGUUCCCGCAGCAAGCUGGCACCAUCAGGAAGGGAGCUUUCAUCGUGAUCAAGGGCAGACCCUGCAAGGUUGCGGAAGUUUCCACUUCCAAGACUGGGAAGCACGGCCACGCAAAGUGUAACUUCGUUGGAAUUGAUAUCUUCAACGGAAGGAAGCUUGAAGAUAUUGUGCCGUCAUCUCACAACUCGGAGGUUCCCCACGUGAAGCGCACUGACUACCAGCUCAUGGACAUUACGGAUGACGGCUAUACCGGGCUGCUGACAGAUUCCGGGGACAUGCGCGAUGAUUUGAAGCUACCCACUCAUGAUGAUGAGUUGGCCCAGAAACUCAAGGCCGACUUUGCUGCCGGGAAGGAGCUGGUGGUAACGGUCUUGUCUGCCAUGGGGGAGGAGCAGAUUAACGCGAUUAAGGACAUCAGCGCAAAGUAAGGACGGCAGGCAGGCAGGAAAAAGGGCGGGCAUUCUAGGGGUUACUGAGAUGGAUUGGAUGGGGCUCCUGUGCAUGGGCUUCCAUGGGGCGGACAGGAUUGUGCGCAUAUGUUUCCAUAGGAACAGCUCGAGCAAUCAAAUUCUCCUGCUUCUGUGCACAUUGAUCAAAAGCAAGCUCGUUCUGCAAUGGCUUGGCAAGGAGAAACCGCAUCGAGCCAGGAUGAGGGUUCUGUCACCUUGUUCGUUGCGUAGAUUUGGAAAUCAGAAUUUCAACUGACCGAUUGGUUGACACAAACUCCAUGGGGAGGAUAGACUGGUACUAGAGCUGGCAGUGAAAAGUCAGCUGAAUGGUUUGGAUCGAGUCCAUAGGAAGAAGUCUGCAGCCCAUCUGGCUGAGAGGGGUUCGUAGAUCGUGCGUUUUGACUGAAAAGUUGUGCCUCACGAGUCCUUCUAGCUUUAUUGUGUCCAUCGGGUACUGUUGUUCGAGAAUUCGACCUUGGACUGUCCGUGAUCUGAUUACUCAUUGGGCGCCAUUAAGCUAUGUGAUUGUUCAUAAUGUUCAUCCAAUGGGC